AUGAUUCUCCGCUUUCAUUUUUUGGCGAUUGUAUUUUCGCAAGCGCCUCCUGGCCCUCCACUUCCGAAAAUUGCAUGUGUUGAUGUUGAGAAAAUUGAACUGAAUGAGCAAUUCUGCAAUGAGGUUGACCAAAGUCUCAAUGGAAAUGGUCUCUUUGGAGCGGGAGGAUCUAGUUAUCCGUCGGCUGGAAUGUCUCAGUGUCCAUCAGAUUGCGGCUUCUCCAGCUAUUAUGGCUCUUCCUUCCAGAAAACAGCAAAACCGAUAGCUAAAAGUAGCAAGCUGGCGAAUCCAUUCAGCAAUCCAUAUGGAUACUCAAGUUAUACGAGCGAUACCUGUUCCCUUUAUUCCCCCAACUAUUCGUCCGCUACUUCUUCCAUCGAGUGUCCUGACUCUUCAUCAAGGACUGCGGAGACGGACGAAAAAGUAUCUCCGAUCGGAACAUGGAUUGACGGCGAAUAUAUUCCCUUUGUCUGUAUGGACGACUCCUCCUAUUACAGCUCAUCUGGGCUUAGCUCAUAUGAAUCAUAUUCUUGGCUAGACUCGUAUUCAAGUUAUGGGUCGUCCUCGUCAUAUUCAAGUUAUUAUUCCUCCUAUUAUGGCUCUUACUCGUCAUACUACGGUUCCUACUCCUCAUACUAUGGUUCUUACUCGUCAUACUACGGUUCUUAUUCGUCUUAUUAUUCUUCCUAUUAUGGAUCAUACUCGUCUUAUUAUGGCUCGUAUUCAUCCUAUUAUGGUUCAUACUCAUCUUAUUAUUCUUCCUAUUAUGAUUCUUAUUCUUCUUAUUACGGGUCUUCAUGUUCGUCUUACUACGGCUCCUACUCUUCAUAUUACAGCUCCUACUCGUCAUACUACGACUCCAGCUAUUACGACUCCUCUUCUUAUAGUUACGAUUAUUCUUCGUAUUCGUCGUAUUAUGGCUCAUAUUCUUCAUAUUAUGGCUCCUACUCGUCAUAUGGCUCAUAUUCUUCCUAUUAUAGCUCGUAUUCUGCGUAUUAUGGUUCUUCCUCCUCCUAUUAUUGGGAAAAUGCUGGCUCUUAUUCUUCAUAUGGAUCGUACUCUUCGUAUUACGGAUCUUACUCGUCUUAUUACGACUCAGAUUGCUCUUACAGUUCCUACUCUUACAGUGACUACAGCUCCUACUCAACCGUUGACUACGGCAGUACGACAACAAUCAGUACGACAACAAUGAGUACUUCUACAGAAAAUUGGUAUGCGAAGUCGGAUGAAGAGGCGAUGAACAAUACAUCUCCUGUUGAUGAUCGAGAAGCAGAAAACGAGACAGAGUUUGAUAUGACCGAGGACAAGGCUUAUUACUCUUCGCAAAUUACAUCAAGCGUCGACUACAACACAUUUGCCAUGUGUGAUGAUGUUUCAUCUAGCUUUUCAAAUUACUACAAUCUGAAUUACGGAGUAGCAAAAGAUUAUGGAGAAUACAACAUGGAUGAGGCAAUGAAAAAAGCUCUCGACGAUUUGACCGAGAUUCAUAAAAGAUGCGAAGCUCUUAACGGAGAAUACGAAAGCAAAAUGCACGGAAAACAAAAAAUAAAUUUUGAUCAACUUGAAGCUGGACUCUGCGAAAUUACGACAACAGCGCCGCCAACUACGACAACAACGACGAAAAAACCGACAACAGCAAAAGAAGUGACCAGCUCAGCUGCUUCUUUUUCAAUCUUUUCUAUCCUUUCUUUGCUGCUUGUCAAACUUUUUUGA